UAGAUGAACGCACGCUGUGGAGCUUUUUGGCGUGCAAAACGGGAAAAGGAGAACGAUCGUGUGGGAGAUUUCUCACUGUGGACUGGGACAGAUCCACUACUGCAGGGCAAACAGCGGACUGCUUCGGACAGCGGUGACAGCAGCGAGAGGGAGCGUGUGUGUGCAUGCAUCCGUGCGCAUGUUUCGAGGGAAGACUGAGCUGUGCUGCGCUUCUCAAACGCUCAUUCUCUCACUCUCGGAUGAUGAAGGCUCUCAAUCGCAUAUGAUGGAGCUUGACUGAGAAGGGGGUCUCACUCUCACCCGUGCGCUCUUAGGCGGGCAGAGCUCAGGAGCUCUCUGCAGCGGGGUGGAGGCACACGCACGCUUCACGCUUGCUUCUGGACUGUGACCGAUGACUGGACCAAAGAGCCAGGUUCCGUGUGCCCCUCGUGCUCCAGUGAGCAUAAAUACGGCCAGGUGAAGGACCAUCACCUUCGACCCCCGAGACCUCUGGAGAUGUUCCUCCUCUCUCCUGUGAGACUCACUUUGUUUCUGCUGGUCUUCCUGGACGUUCCCCAUCCAUCCCUUCAGGGCAGGAAUAAGGGCAGAUGGAACAAGGGGGGAUCCCGUCUACGGCAGGAAGAUUCUCCACCUCGGAUCGUAGAACACCCCUCCGAUCUAAUUGUAUCCAAGGGCGAGCCAGCCACCCUAAACUGCAAGGCAGAGGGGCGGCCCACCCCUACUGUGGAGUGGUACAAAGAUGGAGAACGAGUUGAAACCGAUAAAGAUGACCCUCGAUCCCACCGCAUGCUCCUUCCCAGCGGCUCGCUCUUCUUCCUGCGUAUCGUACAUGGCCGUCGAAGCAAACCUGAUGAGGGGGAGUACGUUUGUGUGGCACGCAAUUACUUGGGGGAAGCAGUCAGUCGAAAUGCCUCACUGGAAGUAGCAUUGUUACGUGAUGAUUUCAGACAGAACCCUACGGAUGUGGUGGUGGCUGCUGGAGAGCCGGCCAUCUUGGAGUGCGUUCCCCCUCGUGGACACCCGGAGCCUACCAUCUACUGGAAGAAAGACAAAGUACGAAUCGAUGAGAAGGAUGACAGGAUCAAGAUCCGUGGAGGGAAACUGAUGAUCUCCAACACGAGGAAGAGCGACGCUGGCAUGUACAUCUGCGUGGGCACCAAUAUGGUCGGUGAGAGAGACAGUGAGACGGCCCAGGUCACUGUGUUCGAGAGGCCCACGUUCCUACGACGGCCCAUUAACCAGGUGGUUCUGGAGGAGGAGGCGGUGGAAUUUCGCUGUCAGGUGCAGGGAGACCCGCAGCCUACCGUCCGCUGGAAAAAAGACGAAAUUGAUGUCCCCCGCGGGAGGUAUGAUAUUAAAUAUGAUAAAGACGACUAUGUGCUGAGGAUAAAGAAGGCAACAGCGAGCGAUGAAGGAACCUUCACCUGUGUAGCUGAGAACAGAGUUGGAAAAACGGAGGCGUCCACCACCCUCAUGGUCAGAGCUCGCCCUGUCGCCGCACCGCAGUUCGUGAUCAGGCCGCGGGAUCAGAUUGUGGCGCAGGGACGGACCGCCAGUUUCCCCUGUGAGACCAAAGGGAACCCACAGCCGGCAGUCUUCUGGCAGAAAGAAGGAAGUCAGAACCUCCUGUUUCCAAAUCAACCGCAGCAGCCCAACAGUCGUUUCUUGGUGUCGCCUAGUGGAGAUCUGACCAUCACAGUGGUCCAGCGGGCAGACGCGGGAUAUUAUAUCUGCCAGGCCCUGACGGUGGCGGGCAGCAUCCUGGCCAAAGUCAUAUGUCAGCCUACACUUUUCACACCCGACACAAACGGAGGCCUCAGUAUCCCAUACAAAAUGUUGACUGAUCGUCCUCCCCCCAUCAUCCGGCAGGGUCCAGCUAACCAGACUCUGGGUGUAGACAGUGUGGCUCUUCUGAGGUGCCAUGCAUCUGGAGAACCGGUCCCAACCAUCAGCUGGCUCAAGGAUGGGGUCAGUCUGCUGGGCAAAGACGCUCGUAUGUCCCUACAGGACCUCGGCAGCCUGCAGAUCAAGGUUUUGCGGCUCUCUGAUUCUGGUAUCUAUACUUGUGUGGCAGCAAGUUCUAGUGGGGAAACAUCUUGGAGUGCUUUCUUGGAAGUCAAAGAGUCUGGAAGUCUUGUUAUAGUUAAAGACCAGGAUGAGAACGAGCUCCCAGGUCCUCCUUCCAAACCUCAGGUCACCGACGUCACUAAAAACAGUGUGUCGUUGUCCUGGCAGCCUGGCCUUCCUGGAGUAUCACCCAUCUCAUCAUAUGUUAUUGAGGCUUUCAGCCAAUCGGUGAGCAAAAGCUGGCAGACUGUGGCCGAUCAUGUCAAGACCACGCAGUACACCAUCAAGGGUCUUCGCCCCAACACCAUCUACUUGUUCAUGGUGCGAGCAGUCAACGUCCAAGGCCUGAGUGACCCGAGCCCCAUGUCCGAACCUGUCCGCACUCAAGAUAUAAGUCCUCCAGCUCAGGGAGUGGAUCACAGACACGUGCAGAAGGAGUUGGGUGAGGUUAUUGUGCGGCUACACAACCCUGUGGUCCUCAGCCCCACCACCAUACAGGUCACAUGGACGGUUGACCGCCAGUCUCAGUUCAUCCAGGGCUACAGGGUUUUGUACAGGCAGAUGUCAGGGCUGUCCUCCCCUGGAGCGUGGCAGAGUCAGGAUGUGAAGGUCCCCUCUGAGAGGAGCAUGGUGCUCUCGGCUCUGAAGAAAGGCAUCGUCUACGAGAUCAAAGUCCGUCCGUACUUCAACGAGUUCCAGGGCAUGGACAGCGAGUCCCGAACAGCAAGAACAACAGAGGAAGCACCCAGUGCUCCUCCUCAGCAGGUGACGGUCCUCAUGGUGGGCAAUCAGAACAGUACAUCCAUCAGUAUCUCCUGGGACCCUCCUCCUGCAGAACAUCAGAACGGCAUCAUCCAGGAAUAUAAGAUCUGGUGUUUAGGGAACGAGACCCGUUUCCAUGUAAAUAAGACAGUGGACGCAGCCAUCCGUUCAGUGGUGGUGGGGGGUCUCCAGGCGGGGGUCCAGUACCGGGUGGAGGUGGCCGCCAGCACCAGCGCAGGGGUGGGGGUGAAGAGCGAACCACAAACCAUCAUUAUUGGUAAAGACUUCCGGGAUGUGAUCAUGAGCAGGAACAACAGCAUCACAGAGCAGAUCACGGAUGUGGUGAAGCAGCCGGCCUUCAUCGCAGGCAUCGGAGGGGCCUGCUGGGUCAUUCUGAUGGGCUUCAGCAUCUGGCUCUACUGGAGGAGAAAGAAGAGAAAGGGUCUCAGCAAUUACGCAGUUCAGUCGUUCACCUUCACCCCUGCAGUGACGUUCCAGCGUGUUGAUGGAGGCUUGAUGAGCAACGGGAGGUAA